GGGGUCGGCUCAUUCACGGGCUUCACUUCACAUCACGGAUUCACGGCUCACCACCGCCCGCCCCACCACCGCCAGCCACCCGCCGCCCCGCCCCGCGCUGCCGCGACCGCCCACAUGCGCCUGUGUCCGCCCGCCCGCACGGAGACGGAGCCCCGGACCCGGACACAGUAAAAGCACGGGACGGGAAUUCUCUCGUCUGCGCACGGCUCACCAGUCACCCCGGACGACAGUGCGCGCCCGCGCUGCCAACACUUACCCCACCUGACAGUCGGAUCGAGCUGCCCGCGCCUCCGUCCCGUCGCUUUCCAUGAUCGACGGCGCCGCCGAAAGGCCCAGGGAAUUUACCCCAAUGGCGGGGAAUUUCGGCGUCAGGCGGGGCGGGGUAACGAGGGAAACGAAGGAGGAAAAAAAAAUCGGGGCCCGGUGGGGUCGUGGCAAGCGCUGGGAUUGGUCGGCGCCAGCUCGGCCACUAGCAGGGGGCAACGUGGUGGUGGUUCCCGUCCUUCUCCUUCCCUUCCCUCCCCCACCGGGCCCCAGUCCCCUUCGCGCUGCCUGCCCCCUUCGAUCUCCUGCUCUCUUUCCCCUUCUCUCUCUAUCUACUGUUCUUGCUUGAGCUGCGAUCCUCUUCCUGAGGCGCGGGCGUUGGAUGUGAUACGUGGUUGGCUCCGCGCCAUCUCCUCCGGUGGCGAUGAGCUCCAAGUCCACCUGCUGCUGCUUAUGAGAUCUUGCUGAAUGAAUUUUGUGGUUUUUGAGCCAUCCUGGUAAACCUUGGCAUGGCCAGUGGAGAGACAAACGCAGGGAACACCCAGAGGGGGAAUACCCUUCCAAAUGGUGACAUCUAUGUUGGCAACUUUGCUGGUUUAGUUCCUCAUGGAUUUGGAAAGUAUAUGUGGACAGAUGGAACUCUUUAUUAUGGCGAGUGGGAUACAAGCAAGAUGAGUGGUAGAGGAGCAAUUCAGUGGCCUUCAGGUGCUUCAUAUGAUGGAGAUCUUUGUGGAGGUUUCAUUGACGGAACAGGCAGUUUCAAAGGAGUUGAUGGAUCUGUAUAUAAAGGUUCUUGGAGGAUGAAUAGAAAGCAUGGAAUGGGCACAAUGGUUUACGCCAACGAUGAUACUUACGAAGGUUUAUGGAAUGAGGGCUUGCCAGAUGGAUUUGGUAAAUAUACAUGGGUUGAUGGCAACAUCUACAUUGGACUUUGGAAAUCUGGUAAAAUGAAUGGCAGAGGAGUGAUGCAAUGGACAAAUGGCGAUACUCUUGACUGUAAUUGGCUUAAUGGACUGGCUCAUGGAAAAGGUUUUUGCAAAUAUGCAUCAGGAGCAUGUUACAUUGGUACAUGGGACAGAGGACUUAAGGAUGGACAUGGUAUGUUUUAUCAACCAGGAAGUAAAAUGCCUUGUAACCUUGAAGUGUCUGAGUGUGUAACAGACCACGAUGUUUCAAGUUCUUCAAGCUCUGGUAAUGAAAAUAUCAAUAGUAGCUUAUUGUUUUUAUUCCAAAAACUUUGCAACACAUGGAGACUACACAGCAUUUUCCAUUGGCCCAGACGUAUUUCAAAUGGCACCACACCAGUUUUUGAUGAUAAUUCUGGAAACAAUUUGUCACAAGAUUCAUCUACUGUACCCUUGACAACUGAUAAUUGUGUCCAAGAUAGUGGAGUUGAUAAAGUAUUGGUCUAUGAAAGAGAAUAUGUACAGGGAGUACUUAUCUCGGAAAAUCCAAAAUGCCAUGAUUCCGGAAUGCUGGAUAGUGGUAAAACACAAGAGCAUACAUGGCAAAUGCAAACUGGAGGGCCCAUGGAGACCAUUUACAAAGGGCACAGGAGCUAUUACCUGAUGCUUAAUUUGCAACUUGGCAUAAGGUACACAGUAGGUAAAAUCACCCCUGUGCCUUUGCGUGAAGUCCGUUCAAAUGAUUUUGGACCUCGAGCACGGAUAAGAAUGUACUUCCCUACUGAAGGCUCACAGUAUACCCCUCCACACUGCUCUGUCAAUUUCUUUUGGAAGGAUUAUUGUCCUAUGGUUUUCCGGAACCUUCGAGAAAUGUUCCACAUUGAUGCUGCAGAUUACAUGAUGUCCAUAUGUGGUGAUGACAGUCUGAAAGAGCUUUCUUCACCUGGGAAAAGUGGCAGUAUUUUCUAUCUUUCACAGGAUGAACGUUUUGUCAUAAAAACCUUGAGAAAAACUGAGUUGAAGAUACUGUUGAAGAUGCUACCAAAAUAUUACAAUCAUGUCAGAGCUUAUGAUAAUACGCUCAUCACAAAAUUUUUUGGCGUGCACAGGAUUACUCUGAAAGGCGGAAGAAAGGUUCGCUUUGUUGUGAUGGGAAAUAUGUUUUGCACUGAGCUGCGAAUUCAUCGUAAGUAUGACUUAAAGGGUUCUACACAAGGCCGAUCAACCAAAAAGCAAAAUAUAAAUGAGAACACAACACUGAAGGACCUUGACCUAUCAUAUGUUUUUCAUGUGGAUAAACCAUGGCGGGACGCACUUUUCAGGCAGAUAUCACUUGACUGUAUGUUCCUGGAGUCCCAGUCUAUCAUCGAUUAUAGCAUGCUCUUGGGGAUCCAUUUUAGAGCUCCCCAUCACCUGAAGACAUCCUCAUCACAUCAGAGCAGUCUUGAAAGAUGCGGAAUUCCAGAUAGUGAUCUGUUGCAGUAUGAGGAAAAAAGUUCCUGGAAGGGAUUUUUGCUUGUUGCUCAUGAGCCAGGCGCUACAGUUGGUGGUUCCCACAUAAGAGGAAGUAUGGUUAGAGCAUCGGAAGCUGGUUAUGAAGAAGUUGAUCUUGUUUUGCCAGGCACCGGACGGUUCCGUGUGCAGUUAGGGGUGAAUAUGCCAGCUCGAGCUCGGAAAGUGCACGAGGACACGAACACAGAACUUGAAAACCCAGAUACCAUUGAGGAGUACGAUGUUGUUCUUUACCUUGGUAUCAUAGACAUAUUACAGGAAUACAAUAUGUCAAAAAGGGUCGAGCACGCAGUCAAAUCUCUCAAGUUUGAUCCCCUUUCAAUAUCAGCUGUUGAUCCUGAUUUGUAUUCGAAACGAUUUGUAAAAUUCCUGGAGAGUGUUUUCCCUGAACAGGACUGAGUAGGCACAAUAAAGUACAUAUAUAGUAGUGCCGCUGGCCUCAUUUUUCCCCCUUGUAUAAAAUGUUAACAUGUUCUCAGUUAUUCAGCACGGCUUCUGUGCACCUCCAAGUGUUAUUAUGUUAUUUUACUAA